GCUGAGAGGCACCCACCGACCUCCCCCCGCCCCACCAGGUCCGCACGUUCUUGAGCCCCGCACCCGAGUUUGGCGGAAGGUUGCUGCUCCCGGGGCUGGCACCGCGGGCGCCGGGCCCGCCACCGCCUCCUCCCAGACAGCCAUUUUUACCCGCGGAGUAGGCGGCCCGGUCCCCAGAGCGGGCUUGUUCAAACCUCCUCCCCUCCCUCCGCAGCCCAGGGUUUCCCCGGCCUCCUGGGAGACGUGAGAUGGACCCGCAGAGUAACAGCCUUUGUAGAUCUCAGAAUGGAUCAGAACCAUUUGUUACCGAACAAGCGAUGAUGCGGGCCCAAGCUGCAUGGGUCCGGGCCGAGGGCGGGCCCGGGGCGAAGGGGGCUGGGCGGGUGUCGCCGCCGCUUGGGCGCCGGGACGGUGGCAGCAAGCGGGGGCGCGGCGAGGGCCGCCUUCUCCCUCGCCCUCCCGCCCCCAGGAGUCCGGCUCCCCGACGGCAGCGCGGCGGGGAAAGGGUGGGGGGAGGGAGCUGGAGGAAAAGAAGGGGUCGGCCGAGUCUCUUACCUUGCUCUCCGCUGGGAGUUGGGCUGGCUGGGUGGCCCGGGGAGGGGAAAAGGGUCGGGGGAGGGGGCGGGGAAAGGGGGGAAGCCCUAGCGAGGUGUAGCUUCGGAGCAGCUCCCGCCGCCGCCACAGCCGGCGCCUCCUUUCCGAUUCACUCAAACAAACAAGAUGGCUGCCGUUACGCCGCGGCUCUUCCUGCCGCCCAAAUCCUCGGUUCAAAUCGGCAGGAUGUUUACGGUCAAAAUGGUACCUGUGCGCCUGCGCAGCCAGCCUAAGCCCCCAGAAGGAGCGGCGCAGGCGCAGUGACUAUUUCCUUUUCUUUGGAACCCGCCCCCUAUGGAGUCCGCAACUGAGCAAGCGCAAAGGUGAUUAUCUUGCGACAGGGUCUUUGAGAGUUGCGGUGUUAGCCAAUAUCGCGGGAUAGCGCACGCGGAGUCCUUUCCAGUGCGGCGAAUAUUUGCGUUUAGCUUUAUUCUUGUGCUUGUUUUAAAGAAAAAAGCUGUUGUGCAAUUUUGUGUGCCCCCACCAAAAAAUUCAUUUUAUGGCUCUAUACGGAUGAGAUAACAUAAAAACCUCAAACUAACUCUGUAAAAUAUAGAGGUUCAUUUGUUCAGUCGACCUAUAUUAUAGAGGGCCUUCUGUUUGCUAUACUUUGGGCUCUGGAUAUAGUGAUUAAUAUAACAGAGAUAAUACCUGCUCUUUGGAAAUUUUCAGUAUAGCUUGGGAGGAAUCUUAAAAUUUCUUAUCUUAAAAGACUUACUUGUAAGAAAUUUACUUUUGUUUUUAUUGUAGAGAUCUUUCCAGUGAUGAAAGAAAUAGAA